AAAGUAUUGUUAUUCUUCCAAUUUUAUUGGCGUUGGUCUCGUGUUGUCUGGUGUGCAAUCAAAAUGGUGGUGAGAGUGUGUGCGAAGAGGAUUUUGGGAACGGCGUCGUUUGGAGUUAGGGUUCCGGCGCGGUGGUACCACGAGAGGGUAGUGGAUCAUUACAACAACCCUCGGAACGUAGGAUCCUUCGACAAGAAUGACCCGAGCGUUGGGACGGGUUUGGUUGGUGCACCUGCGUGCGGCGAUGUGAUGAAGCUUCAGAUUAAGGUCGACGAAAAAACCGGAAAGAUCGUCGAUGCUCGCUUCAAGACUUUCGGUUGUGGCUCCGCCAUUGCUUCUUCCUCUGUCGCUACCGAGUGGGUGAAGGGAAAGCAAAUGGAGGAGGUUUUGUCCAUAAAAAACACUGAAAUUGCAAAGCAUCUUUCACUUCCACCAGUUAAGCUUCACUGCAGCAUGCUUGCUGAAGAUGCCAUUAAAGCAGCCGUGAAGGACUAUGAAGUUAAGCGUGCUAAGGCAAAUGGUAGCGGAGAGGCAACCACUGGAGAGAAGCCUGCCACUGCUUGAUUUUUUCCAUGUAUAGAAUGAUGAUGAAAACAACUGUUUGACUUAUUUUUGUUCUGUUAUUCAGCUUUGCAUCAAAGAACUUCUUCACUUUAGACUUUUGGUUGCAGUUUGUCAGCUAGAAUGUAUUCACUAUUCACAUUAUGUGAGGUAUAUAUAUGAGACGCUGGCUAUGGAUUGUAUGUUUUCUGCUUGGUUUGUAGGACUCGAAUCAUUAAACUAUGUACGCAUACAAUAAAGCAGAUUGCAGUAUUGUGAAGUUCCACAAUA